CAUCCAUCCAUAACACCUACUCUUCCACCAUCUCCUCACACCACCUCUUCCCUCUUACUUACUUCUUCUACGUUCUCUCCACCUCACACAACGCCACCCCCCAUCAAAACGAUAAUUCAAAAUGGCCGACAUCCUAACCCAACUCCAAACCUGCCUCGACCAACUAGCAACCCAAUUCUACGCCACCCUAGGCUACCUAACAACCUACCACGACAACAGCCCGGCCACCGUGCCCCCGCAAACCCCCCACGCCGCGCCCGCGCUCGCCAAAAUCCCCAAGACCUCCUCCGCGCCCCCGGUCCCCGCCAGCGCACCCCUCGCCGCCCAGCAGCAGAGCAACCAGACCCAACAAACACCAGCCGAGAACCCAGCACCGGUUCAACCAGGCGCACCGGAGGACACAACAGCUCCGGGGCAAGGGCAGGACCCCACGCUCCCACCGGCGCCCGACUCGCCCCGGACGUUCGCGGCGCGGCAGCGCGAGCUGGCGAGGGAUUUGGUGAUCAAGGAGCAGCAGAUUGAGUAUUUGAUUAGUGUGUUGCCCGGGAUUGGGUCGAGUGAGGCGGAGCAGGAGCUCCGCAUAAAAGAAUUGGAAAGAGAGUUGAGGCGGUGGGAGGGGGUGCGCGGGGAGAGGAUGCAGGAACUCAAGGCGUUGAGGGGCCGGUUGGAGGGGGUGUUGGGGGCGAUGGAGGUGGGGGUUCAUGGGGAGCGUGCUUAG